AUGAGCUUCAAAACAGGUGAUGAAAGAUAUGAUUUUUAAGUUAAAUGUCCUUAUAAUCCAUCACAUUAAAUGCCUAAUUCUAAAUUGUUCUAUCACAUAUCUUAAGGAUGUUAAGAUAAAGCAAGAUUAGAACAUUUAUAUGAACAUUGUCCAUAUAACUUUCUUCAUGUUAUUCUUAAAGCAAAUAUGGAUAAUCAUCUUCGAUAAUGUUCAGAUGCUAAAUCUAAUACUUAGGAAGGCAAUUUAAUGGCAGAAAUGUAAUAAGUAAUUAAAGAAUAACAAAAAGAAUAAAGAAAAGCAUAAAAAUAAUUAAAAUAGCAAUAAUAAUAAUAAUAAUCUAUUGUUUAAGUUCCAGGAGUUAUUAUAACUGAGUAACCAAAAAAAAAAAAGAGAGUUAGAAAUAAAAAAAAAAAAGAAGAACCUUAAAAUUAAAAAUCAGAAAUGCCAGUUUGGGGAGAGAGUUCAGAUGAAGAAAAGAAUGAAGUUCAAGAAGUUUGUGAAUAAUUUGCUUAAUAAUAAAUUAAUUAAGUGAAAAAUAAUGAAAGUGAUGAUGAAUGGGAUUAUGUACCUCUAAAAUAAAAAGGUAGAAAUUUAAGAACAAAAGAAAAAGAGUGA